CCCCCGCCCCGCCGCCCCCGGCCGCCCCCCCCCCCGCGCUGCUGCUGCUGCCGCCGCGGCGGCGGCGCCUCUUCCGCGGCGGCGGGCGCUGCCAGCGCGGGCGCAGGAUGCCGGCCGACCUGAUGGAGAAGAGCAGCGCCUCGCCGGUGGCCGCCACCCCCGCCAGCGUCAACGCGACGCCCGACAAGCCGAAGACGGCGGCGGAGCACCGGAAGUCUUCCAAGCCCAUCAUGGAGAAGCGGCGGCGGGCGCGCAUCAACGAGAGCCUGGGGCAGCUGAAGACUCUCAUCCUGGACGCGCUGAAGAAGGAUAGCUCGCGGCACUCCAAGCUGGAGAAGGCUGACAUCCUGGAGAUGACCGUCAAGCACCUGCGGAGCCUCCAGCGAGCCCAGAUGACCGCCGCGCUGAGCACAGACCCCACGGUGCUGGGCAAGUACCGCGCCGGCUUCAGCGAGUGUAUGAACGAGGUGACGCGGUUCCUCUCCACCUGUGAGGGCGUCAACACUGAGGUGCGCACCCGGCUCCUGGGCCACCUGGCCAGCUGCAUGACCCAGAUCAACGCCAUGAACUACCCUGCGCCCCCCCCACCGCCCCCGCUGCCACCAGCCGCAGCCUUUGGGCCACCCCUGGUGCCGCCGGGCAGUGGCACAGGGCCGCUCCCAGGCAUGCCCUGCAAGCCGGGCGCAGACGCAGCCAAGGUGUACGGUGGCUUCCAGCUGCUGCCAGCUUCCGAUGGGCAGUUCGCCUUCCUCAUCCCCAGCACCGCCUUUGCUCCCGGCGGUGCUGUGCUGCCCCUGUACGGCGGCCCACCCACAGCUGCCACUGCCGCCUCGCCGCCUGGCCCGCCACCCGGCACCGCCGACUCGGUCUGGAGACCCUGGUGAGGGUGGCGGGCACCGGACUGGACUGAGCACAGCACCCCGUGCUGCUGGCACGGCUGUAUAUAGGUUAUAUGUUCAUAUUGGAUUGUGCCUUUGUACCAUAGCACUCCCUCGACAGUGUUUCGUGUUUUACACGAGAUCUUUUUUCUCCCUUCCCUCCCCUUCCUUAUGUGACACCAAAGAUCGGGGUUUUUGGUUUUUUGGUUUUUUUGGUUUUUUUUUUUGAAUGCUCUUAAAAUAAAAGUGUCUCUUCCAUUUUGGAAGGCCUUUGGAGAUAA